UGCAGGCUUCCAGCUCAGCACGGAACUGAUUGAACGCAUUUUCCAGAUUCAAGUAGGGCAGGGCGCAGGGCGGCUGGCCCCGCAGGAAAAGAGCUGCUUUCCUGAUUGUUUGUCGCCUUCAGAUGAGAUUUAAGGGUUUACAUUGUAUUUAGUCCGGUUUGACGCUUUAUCCUCCAUUGCUCGUCCAAAUAUUACAGGUGGGGAAAAAAUGUCAGAUCCUGUAGUAGCCGAUACUCGCCGGUUGAAUUCCAAGCCCCAGGAUCUGACGGAUGCUUACGGCCCCCCAAGCAAUUUUCUGGAAAUAGACGUUUACGAUCCACAGAUCGUCGGAAUUGGACGGAACCGUUACACAACUUAUGAAGUUCGCAUGAGGACAAACCUUCCUAUCUUCAAAAUGAAGGAUUCUUGUGUGAGGAGAAGAUACAGUGACUUUGAGUGGUUAAAGAAUGAGCUGGAAAGAGACAGUAAGAUUGUAGUACCACCUUUGCCGGGAAAAGCCCUGAAGAGACAGUUGCCGUUCCGUGGUGACGAGGGCCUUUUUGAGGAGUCUUUCAUUGAGGAGCGACGAUCAGGCCUGGAGCAGUUCAUCAACAGAAUUGCAGGUCACCCCCUGGCCCAGAACGAGCGCUGUCUUCACAUGUUUCUGCAAGAUGAAACCAUCGACCGUAACUACAUUCCUGGAAAAGUAUGAAUGAAACAACAGAGACCGCUGCACCUACACUUAUUUCUACGUCACGUAAUUCUAAAGCUGAUGGAAACGUCCAAGUGCAAAUUAUCAACCGCGUUUUGGAGAAACGGAACUCGGUUAAACUAAAGUCCAGUGUAAGAAAACGAAACGUUCAUUUUGUCUUUAAUCAGUCAUUCCUCAGAUUGUCUGUACAUUACUUUUGUCAUCUGUUACGAAAACAAAAUCCUACAAAAAUGCUAUUUUAGCCAUUUCAUGGUUUAUUGUAUGAUUAUGCCUUCUGUAUAUUUUUCAGACAGUUAGUUUAAAAGAAGUGUAAUGAUCUGUUUGCUAGAAAUCGUGUGAUUAUUUUCAUGGUACAUGUCCCAAAGGUAAGCAAACAUGUAGCAUCCUGAAAAACAGACAGCAACUUAUCAUUCCAGCCAGUAUAUUUUCUUUUGAAUAUUAAGGUGCUGUACAUGCUAUUAGUCAGAAUGACUUGUUUGAGCUACUUUGUUGUUCAUUAUUUCUACAUUUGACCCAACAAUGAUCCUGACAAGUCAGCUAGCGAAGUGAUAGUCAGUCUUAGCACUGUGAUAAGCAGCUCAUCACAUAUGUAUCAUUGUUUAAAUGAAUAUUCAGCGUUUGUUUUGUUGGGGGGUAAGAUGCAUAAGGUUUAAUGUGCUCCCUUUUUUUUCCAUUUAAUGCUUUAUUGAUAUGAAGUACAUGCUGUCACUACAGUUCCACUUUGGAUGACGAGGAUCUUCCUUGUUAAAUCAGCCCACCAAUAAAUUUUCUGCUGCCUGCGG